CGACAGGAGUCAGUACGGUCAUUGAUGAAUGGAGAACCGCUUGUUUUACAUGGGUGGACUUUGACAGCUCCAAUUGGUUUCCGGGCUGUCUGCAAAACUAUACGAGAGACUGGAUUUGCAACAAGCAAAUUGCCAAUCAUCGUGAGUCUGGAGGUACACGCAGAUGCAGAGCAGCAGGAGGUCAUGGUCGAAAUCAUGAAAGAAGAAUGGAAGGGCCUGUUGGUAGAGAUGCCAAACGAAGACUGCAAUCCUGAUGAAAGAUUACCCCGACUCGGAGAACUGCUCAACAAGAUUCUCGUCAAAGUCAAGAAAGCUCCCUCAGUGCCGUUGGACAAGCAGGAACUCACGCCAUCAAGUUCUCUGGCACCAAUUCCGACCAGAGACACUGAUUCGAUACAUUCUGGAUCGGAGGACGAACGAGGCAGUACUAGCGGCAAGAAGAAAGUGAAGAUCUGUGAAAAUUUAAGCAAUUUGGGAGUUUACACUCACAGUGAACACUUCGUCAGCUUCGAAGCAAAAUCGGCCAAGAAACCGCCACAUAUCUUCUCCAUCGGCGAAAGCCAAAUCCUAGACCUACAUGAUACGAGAAAAGACGAAAUGUUCUCCCACAAUCGCGAUUUCUUCAUGCGAGCUUACCCCGCAAGUUAUCGGAUCGAUUCCUCAAAUCUCGAUCCAUCCAUUUUCUGGCGCAAAGGCGUGCAGAUGGUCGCUCUCAACUGGCAAAAUCUCGACAUGGGCAUGAUGCUCAACGAAGGUAUGUUUGCCGGUGAGCAUGGAUGGGUCUUGAAGCCGCCGGGCUACCGCAGCGACCAUACAGAGCCAAUCCAGUACAAGACGCUCGAUCUCAAGAUCACGAUCUUUGGCGGUCAGCACCUUCCCAUGCCUCCACACCAGACAUUGAGCGGCUUCAAUCCGUACAUCAGAUGCGAGCUGCAUGUUGAGAAGGAACAAGAGAGCAGUAGCGAGACCGCCAAAUCCAGGAAGCAGCAGACUGGCUACCAGAAAGGCGACCACCCAGAUUUUGGUCCUGAAGGAUGUGCACUAGUUUUUCCCACGAUGAACAAGGUGGUGGAAGAGCUAAGCUUCGUGAGGUUCAAAAUCGAAGACGCUCGAUAUGCAAAGGAUAACCUUGCCGCAUGGGCCUGCAUCCGCCUUGAUCGCUUGCAGCAGGGCUACAGAUUCGUGUACCUCUUGGAUGCAAAGGGCCAGGCGACCGCGGGCCUAUUACUGGUCAAGGUCGAGAAGAAGACCGUGAGCUGGAAAUAG